AUGAAGCUCGCCAUCACAAUCAUCCUUGUCAUGCUGUCUGUCUGCUGCAGCUCAGCUUCUUCAGACACCUGCCCAGGAUUUUUUCAAGUCCUUGAGUACCUCUUCAUGGGUUCAGAAUCCACUUAUGAGGCAGCCCUGAAGUUUUACAACCCUGGCUCAGAUCUGCAAAAUUCAGGGAUGCAGCUGAAGAAGCUGGUGGACACCCUCCCCGAGAAGACCAGAAUGAACAUCAUGAAGCUCUCGGAGAUAAUCCUAACAAGCAAUCUUUGUAAUCAAGACCCAAGCUUCUAA